GGAAAGGCAGUAGAGGCUGUACUCGGGAGUCAGGAGAGGCGGAGGUGGUCCCUUACCCUUCACUUUGGAAUCUGUGACUCCUUGUCCCGGUCUUCUCCUAGUUUAUCCCCAUUUCUUGUCAUCGCCAAGGGUCCCCAACUGAAAUCUUCUCCAAACCUCGUAGCUCUGGAUUGAGAGGGUGGGACCUUCCAGCCUCUCCAUCCAUAGGACCCUCCCCACCCUCCAUCCUCCAUUCCCCCAUCCCCACACCCUCAAAAGAAGCUUGCCACCCACACCUUCCUCCAGACUAAGGCUGGGCGCCAGAAUAGUGAAGCCCUAGAAGGAAAGGUCCAAGGUUGGGGGCGGGGUGAGAGAGAAGAGCGGUGGAGAACAAGCAGUGGGAGGGCAUCUCAGAGGAGAAGACUGCAAGGGGAGGAAGAGAAAGAACAGUAGGCCUGGGGCCCUAGGAGAAGUGGAGGACCAGGCGGGGGCUGAGCGUUCCGAAGAGCAUCCGGCUUCUUCGGAACAAUGGCCCUGGGAAUUGGGGCGGGCGAUGGGCUGUGGGGGGUUGGUGGCUAGGGAGGAUGCAGAAGGUGGGUGUGGGGGAGCUCUGACUUCCUAAAGCGGGAAGCCCCGCCUCUUUCCAGAGCCCUGACAACGCUGGGCUCGUUGCGCGCUCCUUCUCCCCCUCCCUUCCUCUCUCCACCCAGCAUCAGGCUGGGCCUGGGGCCAGAGUCGCCGCCGCCGCCGCCGCCGCCGCCACCACCACCGCAGCAGCAGGAGCAGCAGCAAGCACCGCUACAGCCACACGCUUUGCAGAGCUGGGGCCCGGGCCGGGGCCGGGGCCCCCAGCCUCCCGAAAUCAUGAGCCAGGGCAGCCCGGGGGACUGGGUUCCCCUUGACCCUACCCCCGGGCCCCCCCCACCACCUAAUCCCUUCGUGCACGAGCUACACCUCUCCCGCCUUCAGAGGGUCAAGUUCUGCCUGCUGGGGGCACUGCUGGCCCCCAUCCGAGUGCUGCUGGCUUUCCUCGUCCUCUUUCUCCUCUGGCCCUUUGCCUGGCUCCAAGUGGCUGGUCUCUCCGAGGAGCAGCUGCAGGAGCCAAUCACAGGAUGGAGGAAGACAGUGUGUCACAGUGGAGUGCUAGGCCUGAGUCGGCUACUCUUUUUCCUCCUGGGCUUUCUUCGAAUCCGGGUUCGAGGUCAUCGUGCCUCAUGCCUAGAGGCACCUGUCCUGGUUGCUGCUCCCCAUUCCACCUUCUUUGACCCCAUUGUUCUCUUGCCCUGUGACCUACCCAAGGUUGUAUCCCGAGCUGAGAACCUCUCUGUACCAGUCAUUGGAGCACUUCUCCGUUUCAACCAAGCCAUCCUAGUGUCCCGGCAUGACCCUGCUUCUCGAAGAAAGGUGGUAGAAGAGGUCCGAAGACGGGCAACCUCAAAAGGCAAGUGGCCUCAGGUGCUGUUUUUUCCUGAAGGCACCUGUUCCAACAAGAAGGCCUUGCUCAAAUUCAAACCAGGAGCUUUCAUCGCAGGGGUGCCUGUGCAGCCUGUCCUCAUCCGAUACCCCAACAGCCUGGACACUACAAGCUGGGCAUGGAGAGGCCCUGGAGUGCUCAAAGUUCUCUGGCUUACAGCCUCCCAGCCUUGUAGCAUUGUGGAUGUGGAGUUCCUCCCAGUGUAUCAGCCAAGCCUUGAAGAGAGCAGCAACCCAACUCUUUAUGCCAACAAUGUCCAGAGGGUCAUGGCACAGGCCUUAGGAAUUCCUGCCACAGAGUGUGAAUUUGUGGGAAACCUGCCCGUGACUGUGGUUGGUCAGCUAAAGGUGGCAUUGGAACCCCAGCUGUGGGAGCUGGGAAAAGUGCUUCGAAAGGCUGGUUUGUCCCCUGGUUGUGUGGAUGCCGGAGCAGAGCCAGGCCGGAGUCGAAUGGUCAGCAAAGAAGAGUUUGCCAAACAGCUGCAGCUCUCUGACCCUCACACCGUGGCUGGCGCCUUUGACUACUUUCAGCAGGAUUCCAGUGGUUCAGUGGAUUUCCGAGAUGUGGCUCUUGCACUGGCUGCCCUAGAUGGAGGCAGGAGCCUUGAAGAAUUGACUCGUCUAGCCUUUGAGCUCUUUGCUGAAGAGGAGCCAGAGGGACCAGGCCGUUUGUUGUACAAAGAUGGCUUUGGCACCAUCCUGCACCUGCUGCUGGGCUCACCCCGACCUUCAACUGCCACUCUGCAUGCCGAGCUGUGCCAGUCCACAUCUACCCAAGGCCUCUCCCUCUGCCAGUUCCAGAACUUCUCCCUGCACGACCCACUCUAUGGAAGACUCUUCAGCACCUACCUACGCCCCCCAUAUACCCUUCGGGCCAACCCCCAAACUCCAGAGACCACAUCUCACGGUAUCCCUACCCCAACGUCCAAUGGGACUGUGAACACCUCCAAGCCGAAAAAUGACUGAGAAUCCAGGCCCCCUCCACACCCCUUUAUUCCUAGCUCGAUCCCAGCCCCUCAGACUCAGGGCAGCACCGGGGGACUAGCCCAUGCCUCCAUCUCUGUUCAUGUGACUCCUGGUUUUGUUUUGUUUUGGUUUUUUAAGUUGGUUUUGGGUUUUUGUAAGAAACUAUUUUAUAUAUAAAUAUAAAUCUAUAUCUAUAUCUAUUAAAAAAAAUGAAGCUCAACCAUA